AGCUCGUCGUGCUGUGUGGAGUCACCUGAUUUAACUGAAGUAACAAUGCGCGCGUUAUACUUUGCCUCGCUGUUAUUAAGUAUUAACGUUUGUAAGUCUUCACUUUCUGAGGAUUUUGGUGAGAUAUAUGAAGAGCCGGAAGAGGUCUCUGUAUGGCCGCAGCCACAGAAAUACCAGGCGUCCCCUGUCACGUUCCAGCUGAGCGCUUACAUUUUUCAAAUAGCCCACGCUAAAGGUUCCUCCGCCGGGCCGAGCUGCGUUCUGCUCCAGAACGCGUUCCGCAGGUACAUUGAUUACAUCUUUGGCUAUGGGAAGAAGCAUAAGAAGAAUGUGAAGGUGUUUGAUUCGGACUUAGCUGAACUUCAGGUGUUCAUCACAUCACCUGAUUCUGAAUGUGACUCCUAUCCGACUGUUAAAUCUGACGAGUCAUAUCAGCUUUCAGUGGACCAACCCACUUCUGUCCUUAAGGCUCCAACUGUUUGGGGAGCAUUGCGAGGACUUGAGACCUUUACUCAGCUAGUGUUUGAAGAUAAAUAUGGAGUCAAAAAAAUCAACAAGACAGACAUAUCGGACUUCCCAAGGUUUGCCCAUCGAGGCAUCCUGCUGGACACAUCUCGUCACUACCUGCCCCUGAAAGUCAUUUUGGUCAAUCUGGAAGCCAUGGCGAUGAACAAGUUCAACGUUUUCCACUGGCACAUCGUGGAUGAUCAAUCCUUUCCCUACAUGAGUCCGACUUUUCCUGACCUCAGUCAAAAGGGAGCCUAUCAACCCUACACACACGUGUACACUUCAGCUGAUGUGAACAUGGUGAUCGAGUUUGCGCGCAUGCACGGCAUCCGGGUCAUUGCCGAGUUCGAUACACCAGGACACACCCAGUCAUGGGGAAAAGGUCAGCCUGGUCUGUUGACCCCAUGCUACAGCGGUAGCACUCCUUCAGGUACCUUUGGUCCAGUGAACCCUAUCCUCAACACCACCUAUGACUUCAUGGCCAGCUUCUUCAAAGAGAUUAGCACCGUGUUCCCUGAUGCCUAUAUCCACCUCGGAGGAGACGAGGUUGAUUUUUCCUGCUGGAAGUCAAACCCUGAUAUUCAGAAGUUUAUGGCCCAGCAGGGCUUUGGUCAGGACUAUAGCAAGCUUGAAUCCUAUUAUAUUCAACGUAUCCUUGACAUUGUGAAGGCCACCAAUAAAGGCUACAUGGUUUGGCAGGAGGUCUUUGACAAUGAGGUUAAGCUGAACGCGGACACACUGAUCCACGUGUGGAAGGAAAAGCCGCAGUAUGAGAACGAGAUGGCGCGGGUAACCGCGGCUGGGUUUCACGCCCUCCUUUCGACUCCCUGGUACCUUAACCGCAUCAGCUACGGCCAAGACUGGCAAGGCAUUUACAGGGCCGACCCUCAGAGCUUCAACGGCACAGCAGAGCAGAAGCAGCUUGUGAUUGGUGGAGAGGCCUGUCUGUGGGGGGAGUACGUGGAUGCCACCAACCUUACUCCUCGCCUCUGGCCCAGAGCAAGUGCAGUAGGUGAAAGACUGUGGAGUGAUGAGAAUGUAAAAGAUGUCAACAGCGCUUACACCCGUCUGGCCAAACAUCGCUGUCGCAUGCUCAGGAGAGGUAUACCUGCCGAGCCUCUGUUUGUGGGUUAUUGUCGUCAUGAGUACGAUGGCUUGUAAGCACCAACACGACCAAAGUGAAGCUGCAAGAUUUGUGCCAGUCUUCUGGUUUUUUUGUUUUUGUUUUUUUUUUACUUUGUGCACUUUGACAAUUUUACAAAAUGUAGGAACUGGAAUCUUUAUUAUGUUCUCUGGGUUUGAGACACUUUUGAUAAGUUUUUUUUUUUUAUAUGAACACUACCCUGUACCUCACAGCAAAUCUGGGAAAAUGGUAAUUUUAUUAAUAUGAAGAAAUAUUUCAUGAUUUUAUUAAUGAAUAAAUAAAACAUUAAGUCCACAAA